AUGAAAGGCCGCAUCACUCUCCGGAGGGUAUAUAUCCCUUCUGCCGUGUUUAUUCUCUGUAUCAUUAUACAGCUACGCAUCCUUUUUGUUGUGCCAUCAGACAAAGAAAACAAGAUCUGCAAUGAAAAGAAUUCCGUCCCGAGGAAAGUAACUCCGAGAACCAUAACAACCAAUACUGCCAUGACGGAUAUCAUCUAUAAAGAAUGGUUAUCCGAAUUCAAGAAUCCUCUGACUGGGGUGAAAAUGUCCAAAAAUAUUACUAAUUUUCUGACGACUGGACUCACUAUGGUCAAGAACAGUUCUCUCUCAUACGAAUACUUCUCCGAACAAAGCAAGCCAAGGUUUGUCAGUAUAGGGAUAUUGGUCACCGAGAUUGGUCAAAUACAAAACACUUUCAAGACAAUGGACACCCUUCUGGAGGAAAACGCCGGUGAAGAUAGGAAAAAGUUCCUUAUCGUUCUAGAACUAUCCAUGCGGGACGCUGACCUCGGGUUAAGCGUUUUUAGUGACGUCAUGAAACGUUACGCUGAUUUUUAUGAGACAGGUCAUGUCCAUAUUGUCCUCGGACCAGCAGAUCUCUAUCAUCGACAUGGUCUUCCGACGGAAACGGACGCUGACAUGCGUAAGGAGAUUAUCGAUAACGCGUUACUGUUUUUGUAUUCUAGAUUCUUAGCUACGUAUUUCGUCCAGUUAGAGCCGGGUAUAGUCUGUGAACGGUACGUUGUUCGAAAUAUCUUAAGGAUAGCCAGAGCCCAGAAAGGUGUGUGGUUCGGAGUAGAUUUCGGACAUUUUGGAUUCAUAGGAACCUUGUUUCAUUCUGCAUUUCUUCAGAGUAUGGCAGAAUAUUUAGCUUCACGAUUUAGGAUUGAAAACAUUAACGUGCUUCUACGUCAGUUGUAUCAAACAAUUUCUAAAAAGUCUGUUACAUUCAUGAAUUCGUCACCCUGUCUACACCACGAUAUCAAUCGGCUGAAGAGCAGGUUUCUUUUCGACAGGGGAAAUAACACCAACUUGUUAAAGGGAGACAAUCCAUUGGCGAAAAUCGAGACAUCAAUGUCAAUGUUUCAGGACAAUUCUCCGAAGAAAGCUUAUGAUAAUGACAAUACAACGUUUUUCUGGGCAACAUCUUUAAGAUUAGGGGAUUAUUUUAGAUUAAAAUUCAACUCAACCGUAAACAUAUCUCGUGUAAUUGUAAUCUCCGGAGGGGAAAAUGAUGAGAAGGAUAGAUUAUUAUCCGGAUAUCUUCGUGUAGGGGCGAGUAACCCCCCUUGCUUGAAUCUCAUCCGGAGGGGUGUGUUUGUUCGAGGAUACGUUGACACAAUAGAACAAGGUAUUAGUGAUUUCCCCCCUGACGUAAACUGUCUGUCUAUUGACGUCACACGCCCCCAACGGCAGUGGCUUGUCAUAAGAGACAUCAAAAUUUUUGUGCGGAAACCGAAUACUUGA